AUGGUAACUGGCUAUCAGCGCAUGAGAACCCUAGGGAUGGGGGCCUGUGCCAGCAGUGAGACAGAGAGUGAAGCAGGAGACAUUAUGGACCAGCAAUAUGAAGAGAUGAACAACAAACUCAACUCGGUCACGGACCCCACUGGCUUUCUGCGGAUGGUUCGCCGCAAUAACCUCUUUAACAGGAGCUGUCAGAGCAUGACGAGCCUGUUCAGUUACACCAUGUCGCCGACCCAGGAUGGGACCUCGUCACUUCCCAGAAGGCAGAGCUCGUUCGCCAAGCCCCCGCUCCGUGCCCUAUAUGACCUGCUCAUCGCUCCCAUGGAAGGGGGCCUGAUGCACUCCAGCGGCCCCGUGGGCCGGCACCGGCAGCUGAUCCUGGUCCUGGAGGGUGAGCUCUACCUCAUCCCCUUCGCCCUCCUGAAGGGAAGCUCCUCCAACGAGUACCUUUAUGAGCGCUUCGGCCUUGUCGCAGUACCCUCCAUCCGCUCCCUCAGCCCACAGGCCAAGUCUCACCUGCGGAAGACCCCGCCUGCGUACUCCAGCUCCACAUCUAUGGCGGCUGUCAUCGGCAACCCCAAGCUGCCAUCAGCAGUGAUGGACAGGUGGCUGUGGGGGCCGAUGCCGUCGGCCGAGGAGGAAGCCUACAUGGUGUCUGAGCUGCUGGGCUGCCAGCCCUUGGUGGGCAGUGUGGCCACCAAGGAGAGGGUCAUGAGUGCCCUGACCCAGGCUGAGUGCGUCCACUUCGCCACCCACAUCUCUUGGAAAUUGUCAGCCUUGGUCCUCACACCCAGCAUGGAUGGCAACCCUGCCAGCAGCAAGAGCUCCUUCGGCCACCCCUACACAAUCCCGGAGUCCCUGCGGGUGCAGGAUGACACCAGCGACGGGGAGAGCAUUUCGGACUGCCCACCCCUGCAGGAGUUGCUGCUCACUGCCGCAGACAUCCUGGACCUGCGGCUGCCGGUGAAGCUGGUGGUGCUCGGCUCCUCCCAGGAGUCUAACAGCAAGGUCACAGCCGAUGGGGUCAUCGCGCGGACACGGGCCUUUCUGGCUGCCGGUGCUCAGUGUGUCCUCGUGGCUCUGUGGCCUGUGCCAGUGGCUGCUUCCAAGAUGUUUGUCCACACCUUCUACUCAUCCCUGCUGAACGGCCUGAAGGCCAGCGCCGCCCUGGGGGAAGCCAUGAAGGCGGUGCAAGGCAGCAAGGCCUUCUCACACCCCUCCAACUGGGCAGGUUUCAUACUCAUCGGGAGUGACGUGAAGCUGAACAGUCCCUCGUCACUCAUUGGCCAGGCCCUCACAGAGAUCCUACAACACCCGGAGCGUGCGCGGGACGCCCUGCGAGUGCUGCUGCACCUGGUGGAGAAGUCCCUGCAGCGCAUCCAGAAUGGGCAGCGCAACGCCAUGUACACAUCCCAGCAGAGCGUGGAGAACAAGGUGGGCGGCAUCCCUGGCUGGCAGGCCCUCCUCACCGCCGUGGGCUUCCGGCUGGACCCCCCGGCCAGUGGCCUGCCAGCUGCCGUCUUCUUCCCCACCUCCGACCCGGGUGACCGGCUUCAGCAGUGCAGCAGCACCAUCCAGUCCCUGCUGGGUCUGCCCAACCCUGCCCUCCAAGCCCUCUGUAAACUCAUCACUGCCUCAGAGACAGGCGAGCAGCUUAUCAGCCGGGCUGUUAAAAAUAUGGUUGGAAUGCUCCACCAGGUGCUGGUUCAGCUCCAGGCCGGCGAGAAGGAGCAGGACUUCGCGUCAGCCCCCAUUCAGGUCUCCAUCAGCGUCCAGCUGUGGCGGCUCCCUGGAUGUCACGAAUUCCUGGCAGCUCUCGGUUUUGAUCUCUGUGAAGUUGGUCAGGAGGAAGUAAUCCUGAAAACCGGGAAGCAAGCCAACCGACGAACCGUGCACUUUGCGCUGCAGUCCCUGCUGGCUCUGUUUGAUUCUACCGAGCUGCCCAAGCGCCUCAGCCUGGACAGCUCAUCCUCCCUGGAGUCUCUGGCAUCGGCUCAGUCUGUCUCCAAUGCCCUGCCCUUGGGCUACCAGCACCCUCCCUUCUCUCCCACGGGCACAGACAGCAUCGCCUCAGACGCCAUCUCCGUGUACAGCCUGAGCUCCAUCGCCUCCUCAAUGAGCUUUGUCUCCAAGCCUGAGGGUGGGUCAGAGGGUGGGGGUUCUAGAGCACGGCAGGACCAUGACCGGUCCAAGAAUGCUUACUCGCAGCGAUCUACCCUGCCCCGGAGCCAGCUGUCCCCCCAGACCCGCCCUGCCGGCAACAAAGACGACGAGGAAUACGAAGGGUUUUCUAUCAUCAGUACUGAGCCUUUGGCACCCUACCAAGAAAACAGAAAGACAUGCUUCUCACCGGAUCAGAAGCAGUUGAGAGUUGGGACAGCUGCGGGUGUGAAGGCCUCAAUCAGCUCCAAAGGAAGUAUGAGCACUCCAAACUCUCCAGUUAAAAUGACCCUCGUUCCCAGCCCAAACUCACCCUUCCAAAAGGUUGGAAAACUGGCAAGUUCAGAUACAGGAGAAUCAGACCAGUCGAGCACAGAGACAGAUAGUACUGUGAAAUCCCAAGAAGAAAACAACCCAAAGCUUGAUCCUCAAGAGUUAGCCCAGAAAAUUCUAGAGGAGACGCAAAGCCAUCUUAUUGCGGUGGAACGUCUUCAGAGGAGCGGCAGUCAGGCGAGCAAGAGUCAUAACCCAGAAGAUGGCAUUUCUGUGCCAAACAGUGCUGCCGUCUUCAGAGCGUCAGAAACAAGUGCGUUCAGCAGGCCCGUGCUCUCUCAUCAGAAGAGUCAACCGUCACCAGUUCCUGUUAAGCCAAAGCCCCCAGCCAGGAGCUCAUCCCUACCCAAGGUGAGUUCUGGAUACAGCAGCCCCACCACCUCAGAGAUGUCCAUCAAAGAAGACAGCCCGAGCCAGCACAGCGGCCGGCCAUCGCCUGGCUCUGACUCCCAGACUUCCCUGAUGGAUCAGCCUCUCUUUAAACUGAAGUACCCCAGCUCUCCUUACAGUGCUCACAUUUCCAAAUCUCCGAGAAACAUGUCCCCAAGCUCAGGGCAUCAGUCUCCUGCUGGUAGUGCACCAUCCCCAGCUCUAUCCUACUCCUCAGCUGGCUCCACUCGCUCGAGCCCUGCUGAUGCUCCAGACAUAGACAAACUGAAAAUGGCAGCCAUUGACGAAAAAGUGCAGGCCGUCCACAACCUGAAGAUGUUCUGGCAGAGCACGCCCCAGCAUUCCUCGGGACCAAUGAAGAUCUUCCACGGGACCCCCGGAACGAUGACUUCCAAAAGAGAUGUCCUCAGUCUGUUAAAUCUGUCACCACGGCACAACAAGAAGGAGGAGGGAGUAGAUAAGCUUGAACUCAAGGAGCUGUCUUUGCCGCAACACGGCGAAGCACCACAAAAAGCCCCUCCCAACGGACACUGGCGCACGGAGACUACCACACUGAGCACACUGCCACUGCCCGCCAGCCCUCCUGCUGCAGCCCCCACACGCCCUUUGAGACUUCCCUCUGGAAAUGGCUACAAGUUCCUGUCCCCAGGAAGAUUUUUUCCUUCUUCCAAAUGCUGAAGCCUUUUUAUGCCCAUUGACUCAGAGCACAGCAGCCCACAGACAGGGUUUCAGUGUUCAUGUCAGCCUCUUCCCUUGUCUGAGUGCAGUCACCCCCCACAACCCCCAGCAGCACCUCAUAACAGUGUGCUCUCUGGACAAAGGGCACUUCCACAUCCAAAGGCCACCACCACACACUGGUGGCUUUUCUGGCCUCCCGGCCAGAUUCUCCAAAAGCCAGGACUUCUGUGGGAUUGGUGCAAGAGGCUCGUGUGAUUUUCCACACACUUCACCAAAUGUUUACCUUUGAACUCUCUGCUUCUCAUCUUUGAUACGAUUCUUCAACAGGAUUUUGUACAAAAAUGGUCAUGGUUCUGGGGUGGGGAGAGGAGCGGGAGCACAUAUUUUGCUAAGAGGUGUAUAUGCAGUACCUUUUAUACACAGAAAUACAAAUAGCGCUUUUUUAAAGGUUUUUCAGAUGCUGGUUGGGGGUGGGAUAUAUAAAAUCUCUCUAAGUUGAAUUCUACAUGAAAGUGUGAUAUUAGCCAAAAACAGAAUAAUGGUUUUUAAAAUGCCAAUGAUUUGUAAUUAAGUUAUAGUAAUUCUGGUCUC